UGAUCAAGUCAAAUCUAUAAUUGUCAUUAAAUUGAAUUUAAUUUACAUUAUCUAUUUUCUUUUCACACAUAUAAUGUACAAAUGUUCGCGAGUAUCCAGUCAGUCGAAACAAUAACAAUUACUUUCAAGUGAGAUGAUAUUUUAAGUAUCAAUUGGUGAUCUCAAUCUGUUUUUACCCUCAAACCAGUUUUCAAUGUUUUGGUUCGCUAAUAAAACUGUACCUGGAAAUGUCAUCAUUUCAAUUGAGAGCAACGUUGAAACUGUGAUAGGUACCCAUCAUAUUGCAAGUGGUGUUUCCAGGAGGAGGUUAAUCAUGUCCAUUAAACUAGGUUUCUACGUUUUUUUAAUUCAUAGCCUGUUGAUUACUUCUUCCUUGUGUAACUCUUGUGCGUCUAAGGAAGAAGUAGUUCCAUCACCUGAAGAAGGUCAGUGCUCCCAAGAAAGCGUUAAGCAAUCAUUUGUUACCAGAUUUACUGAGUGUUCGUUAAGUCCUGAAGUUGGUGAAGGUCCAUAUUUCAUCGAAGAGGAUAUCAUACGGAGUAAUAUUGUCGAAGACAGAAUCGGAAUACGUCUUAAUGUAACCCUAAAUUUGGUAGACUUCAAUACCUGUAAGCCCAUCAAAGGAGCCAAGGUUUAUAUCUGGCAACCUGAUUAUUCAGGCAUUUACUCUGGUUUCAUGGACAAACCUCGAGUGAAAAGAGAAAAAAUGUAUCCUAAAGAUCCUCGACGAUUCUUACGAGGAACUCAAGUUACCAAUGAGAACGGAACCGUAACUUUUGAAACAUUGUUCCCUGGCCAUUAUCCUGGAAGGACUCCACAUAUUCACUACCGAAUUCAUGCAAAUGGAAAUGUUGCUCACAUUGGUCAAAUAUUCUUUGAUGAAUCAACUAGUCAAGUUAUUCAAUCCAAAUCUCCUUAUAAUCAAGUUCAUAGUAGAAGGAUGAAAAAUGAAGAAGAUGGCGAAUUCACUUAUUUUAAUGGCAAAAAGAGUAUCAUCAAUAUUGACCCUCAAUCUUUGUCUGGUGACUCUUUAGAAGGCAUUUUGAAUUUAGCCAUUAAUCCACUUCAUAGGUCAAAUUUAAUGUGGGCCUGAUCAACACUGUCAUUUGUUAGUCGUAUUGUGUCAUUGUAUUGUUCAUUUUUCGUUGUAUCUUAAUUGCAAUUUGCAAAUAUUUGCGUGCUUCAAUAAUCGCAUCAAGCUUUAAGGAACCACAAACCUAUCUAAAAAAGCUUCUUGUCAUUCAAUUGUGAUCUUUUGUCUCUUUUUCAAAUUUAAUUGACUUUAAAUUUCCUAAAAGACAUGAAGAUUAAAUCUGCUGUUAAUACGAUUUUACAUGAUCAUAUAUUCACAACUAGAUAAUUGAAAUUGAAUAUUUGAUUGAUGCAAAUCACGAAAUACCACUUCAAAUUUU